CUCACCAACAACAUCACCGCCACUGUACCUCAAUCAGGAAGCACCGACACGUUUUUUUCCCUUUUUUUUUGUGUUUUUUUAAUUUUUUUAAUUUAACGGAGACACUUUGGUGAUUACAGCAACGACGCACCAUAAAGGGGAAAAAGGGCGUUAUUGUUGAUGCCGUGGACGACCACCACCGACCAGAAGACUGUCAGUUGGUUACAUCCAGUGCAAAGGCUGAGCUGUGGAUGCAUUUGACACAGACCAACCGGAGAACAAGGUCUCUGUUAGAAGCAUGGGACAGCAUCUAGGAAAGAGAGAAUCACCCACAGACUACAUGGCUUCGUCACCUGAACCCAAAGCAGCAGCAACGGCAGCAGCAGAACCGGAGUCGCAAGAUGAAGUCUUUGGCCUGGGUGAGGCAGAUGCGAACCAGAACAAUGGCUGCGUCUCGGAGAAGCCGGCGGUGACUGACUCCACGGGCGCUGAGGGCCCCCGCCAGCCCUGGACCCCCGCCAGCACAGCUGACCCUGACGCCGCCACACCACGCCCCCACCUGGCCCGCCUCUUCUCCCGAGAUGCCCCGGGCCGAGAGGACAACACCUUCAAAGACCGACCCUCCGAAUCGGACGAGCUGCAGACCAUCCAGGAGCACAGCGGAGCGGCUUCAGAGUGCGGGUCGGAGAGCCCCGAACAGGACCUAGAUUAGGCUAGCUUUUUUUUUUUCUUCCUUUCUCCUCUCUUUUCUCCUUUUCCUCCUCUGUCAUUUGCUGUCUCAUUUAAGAGA